GGGAAACGUUUCUCUCGGAAAAGCAACCUUGAGGUGCAUCAGAGAGUCCACACGGGAGAGAAGCCUUACCGGUGCUCUGUGUGCGGCAUGUGCUUCGCGGGCCGAUCAUCCCUCGUUUACCACAUGAGGGGCCACACUGGGGAGAAGCCGUUUACCUGUAGGGAAUGUGGGAAAGGUUUUGCCGACCAGUCGUCCCUCCUCUACCACACGAGAGGCCACACCGGAGAGAAACCUUACAGCUGCCCAGAUUGCGGGAAGGGUUUUGCCAGCAAGUCGUCCCUCGUUUGCCACCGGAGGACCCACACGGGCGAGAAACCUUACCAGUGCGUGGAGUGUUUGAUCAGUUUUGCCGACCGAUCGGGACUCGUCUGUCACGAGAGGGUCCACACGGGAGAGAAACCGUACGCCUGCCAGGAGUGCGGGAAAUCUUACUCCAUCAGGUCCUCCCUCAUUUACCAUCAGAGGUCCCACACGGGAGAGAAACCGUACAAAUGCUUGGAGUGCGGGAAAUGCUACUCGGACAGGUCGUCCCUUGUUUACCAUCAGGGGACCCACACAGGAGAGGACCGCUUCAAAUGUCUGGAGUGCGGGGCCUGUUUCGCUCCCAAGCCGCCCCUUUCACGGCGCCACAGAGUACAGAAUCCCAUUCACUAUGAGACGUGCUCUUUCUUUCUCAAAGCCAAGUGCAACCACUUGAAAACCUGA